UGUUUACCGACUCUUAUCACUUCAAUCCACAUUUAUUUAUAACCGCCACUUGACAGUUCGCGUCUGCCGCUCGCGCCGCGUGGACGUGCCACAGAUACAACAUGGAGUUCGACCCGAUAGAGCACCAGCACGUCCGCUACAACCCUCUCAAGGACGAAUGGGUGCUGGUGUCCCCUCACCGCUGCAAGCGGCCCUGGAGCGGCCAGACCGAGGAAGCCCCUGACGAGAUACCCGAUCCUAAUAAUCCGUUGAAAGCUGGUGCCGUGAGGGCAAAUGGACAGAAAAACCCAUUAUACACGUCAACGUACGUGUUCCCGAACGACUUCCCGGCGCUGCUGGAGCGCGUGCCGGAGCCCCCGCCACCGGAGCACCCGCUGUUCCAAGCCAAGCAGGCCAAAGGCACCUGCAGAGUGAUGUGUUUCCACCCGGACUCCACCACGACUAUCCCGCUGAUGAGCGUCGAAGAAAUCAUGGCAGUAAUCCAAGAAUGGAAGAACCAGACAACAGAGCUCGGCCGCAAGUAUACCUGGGUCCAGAUCUUCGAGAAUAAGGGCGCCAUCAUGGGGUGCUCCAACCCGCACCCCCACUGCCAGAUAUGGGCGUCCAGCUUCCUGCCCAACGAGGCUCGUGUCAAAGACAGGUGUCAAAAGGAAUACUUUACCAAGUCCAACAGACCAUUGCUGGUAGACUACCUGGAGCAGGAAGUGCAGAAACAGGAGCGUAUAGUCGUCAUGAACGAGGAAUGGGUGGUGCUGGUCCCGUACUGGGCUGCCUGGCCGUAUGAGACGAUGGUGCUGCCGCGGCGCGGGCGCCCGCAACGACUUACCGACCUCAACGAUAUCCAGGUACGGGCGCUCGCAGAAAUCAUGAAGGCGCUCAACACCAAAUACGACAACCUGUUCCAAUGUAGCUUCCCCUACAGUAUGGGCUGGCACGGCGCUCCAACCGGCCCAUCGAAGACCCCAAUGGACUCCCCCCAUUGGCUGCUCCACGCCCUCUAUCUGCCGCCAUUGCUGCGCUCAGCUAGCAUCAAAAAACACAUGGUAGGAUACGAGCUGCUGGCGCAAGUGCAAAGGGACCUUACGCCGGAACAAGCUGCCGCUAAACUGCGGGAGUGCGACCACGAAGUGCAUUAUAAAAAUAAGAAAUAAAUCUUGAUACGU